AUGGAAAAUCGGGAGGAAACGUUAAAAUUGGAAGAUAGAAAUGUAAACAAUAACAAAGAAGAAGAGGAGGAGGAGCACAACACGGAUCUUGAAAGUGAGGACAGUGGAGACGGCAGCUCUGAGACGGAUUCAACAUUCGUAGAGCAGAAAUCGGAGAAAGGAAGCACAGAGAAUGAGAACGUGAGAUCAUUGGCACCGGCAAUUUACUACAGACCUGAGAAAGAAGUUUACCAUUUUUUGGGACAGAAAAUCACAAUUGAGGAGUCCAUCGAUUCUUACGGUGCUACUAUAUGGCCAGCGGCACUUGCACUUUGCCGAUUCUUGGAAACCCCACAGGGUCGUCAACAGAUUGAUUUACUCGACAAAUCAGUUCUUGAGCUUGGAGCUGGAACCGGCUUACUUUCAGUUGUCGUCACGCUGUUGGGUGCCAAACUAACAGCCACGGAUUUGCCCGAGAUUCUGAGUAAACUGACAUGCAACCUCAACAGGAACACGAGAGGCCGGAGGAGGCACGAGCCCCAGGUAGCAGAACUCUUCUGGGGUCACAAGCUGGACGAGGCCUUCCCUAGAUCCACACACCAAUAUGAUUAUGUGUUGGCGACUGAUGUGGUGUAUCACCACGACUUCUUGGCCGAGCUGCUGGUCACCAUGCGCCACUUCUGCCAGCCGGGAACUACUCUAGUCUGGGCGAACAAGGUCCGCUUUGUCUCGGAUCUGGGCUUCAUCGACAACUUCCUCCGAUAUUUUGAUAUCACACUGCUUGAAGAGUUGGAUGACGUGAGGAUUUACGUAGCAACCAGCAAGAUAUCAGAGAAGGAAGGUGACCAGGUUCAAGAGACUAGCGAGGAAGUGGAGGACAACGGUGACCUUGAGUCAAGCAAGCGGGACGCUGGGGAACCGAACUCUAUGAGCGAGACUGGAGACAAUGCAGAGGAACUGGAACCAGAGCAGGAAUCUGACGAUACUCAGAGUUUAGAAAACGAUGCGAAGGAGAAACAAGUACAGGAAGAACUCCAGGACUCUGGAAGAUCUGUGGAGGAAGAAGCUGAACCUGACAUCACAGAAACACCUAAACAGAGACCCUGGGCUCCCACUGUCUACUACAGUAAUGGCAAGGAAACCUACUACUUUCUAGGUCAUGAAAUCAGGAUUCAGGAAUCCGUAGACCAUUAUGGCAGCACGGUAUGGCCAGCGGCUUUGGCCCUUUGCCGAUUCCUGGACACCCCGACAGGCCGACAGCAGAUCAAUCUCCUCGACAAACUGACCCUGGAGCUCGGAGCGGGAACGGGUAUUCUCUCGAUAGUUGCCACACUUCUGGGUGCUAAACUGACGGCCACGGAUCUCCCAGAAAUCCUUGGCAAUCUGAGGUCCAACUUGAACCGGAACACCAGGUGUCAUAGGAGACACGAGCCUCGGGUUACAGCGUUGGCAUGGGGCUACAAACUGGAGGAGACGUUUCCCCGCUGCACACACCACUACGAUUACGUGCUGGCCGCCGAUGUGGUCUAUCACCACGACUAUCUCCCCGAGCUCCUCGACACCAUGCGUCACUUCUGCGGUCCGAAGACCACGCUGAUCCUCGCAAACAAGGUCCGGUAUCAGGCCGACCUGGUGUUUAUAGGGGACUUUCAGAAAGCUUUUAACACUACAUUGCUGACAGAGAUGGAUGAGGUGAGGAUUUACUCGGCUACCAUGAGAAUCUGAUGACUUCAUGCACCGCUUUAAGAAGGCUUUCCAAACUACACUGCUGGCAGAGGUAGAGGAGCUGAAGGCGU